UCCAGUUGUUUCCCGACCUUCAUCACUCUCUUCAAUCCCAUCGGACAAUCUUGCUUCUCGUCCUCCCCUUUCUCCUCUCCAUCGCGAACUGUACAGCAGCCAUGUCUGCCGCCCGCCUCUUCCGUCCUGCUGCCCGACUGCUGUCAGCCACGCGAUCGGCCCCAACACUACGACCUGCGUUCCGCCCGGCGACCUCAUUGCCCUCGAUUGUCAGGAGUCGGAACUAUGCCGCCGCCAGCGGUGUCAAGGAGAUGACGGUGCGAGAUGCCCUGAACGAGGCCAUGGCCGAGGAGAUGGAGCAGAACGACAAGGUGUUCAUCAUGGGCGAGGAGGUCGCGCAGUACAACGGAGCAUACAAGGUCACAAAAGGCCUACUCGACCGCUUCGGCGAGAAGAGGGUCAUUGACACCCCCAUCACCGAGUCUGGCUUCGCUGGUCUGACCGUUGGUGCCGCUCUUGCGGGCUUGCACCCAGUGUGCGAGUUCAUGACCUUCAACUUCGCCAUGCAAGCCAUUGACCAGAUCAUCAACUCUGCCGCAAAGACGCACUACAUGUCCGGCGGUAUCCAGCCCUGCAACAUCACAUUCCGCGGUCCCAACGGUUUCGCGUCGGGUGUGGCUGCACAGCACUCCCAGGACUACAGCGCGUGGUACGGAAGCAUACCUGGAUUGAAAGUCGUGUCGCCAUAUAGCGCGGAGGAUGCUAAGGGGCUGCUCAAGGCUGCUAUUCGGGACCCCAACCCGGUCGUCGUUUUGGAGAACGAGCUGCUAUACGGUCUUUCGUUCCCAAUGAGUGAGGAGGCACAGAAGGACGACUUUGUCAUUCCAUUCGGCAAAGCUAAAAUCGAACGCCCUGGAACGGACCUCACCAUCGUGACCUUGUCUCGCUGCGUUGGCCAAUCUCUGGUUGCAGCUGAGCAGCUGAAGAAGAAGUACGGCAUCGAGGCGGAGGUGAUCAACCUCCGGUCAAUCAAGCCGCUGGACGUCGAGACCAUUGUCAAGUCUGUGAAGAAGACGGGCCACAUGAUGGCUGUUGAGUCUGGAUUCCCGUCGUUUGGCGUAGCGGCUGAGAUCAUGGCGCUCACCUGCGAGUACGCCUUCGACUACCUUGAGGCACCCCCAGUCCGUGUCACUGGCGCGGAAGUGCCCACACCAUAUGCCGAGAAGCUGGAACAGAUGGCAUUCCCGAGCGAAACACUGAUAGCGAACUACGCUGCCAAGCUGCUACGGGUGUAAAGGCGGGGGUUUCACGCUGUAUCAAAAGAUCCAUUGGCUUGUGGAUGUGUAGGGUGCUUGGACUGUACUUUUAAUGCUCCUGUUUGUUCGGAAGAUUUCAUUUCUUGGUCGCGGCAGCAUAGCGGUCAAUAAUUGUUAACUCAUGCCGGAGCGCGGGCCGAUUUCGGACUGAUUGGAGUGAUUGCUAGUGCGUUAUUGAGUUUGCGUGAAAAGGAAAUGGGCGUUGCAUUGAAAUAGGGUGCAGGAAGCUGGCGUAACUUUGCUCAUGGUGCAGUCAGCUCGUUUGUAGUUGCCGUGGGCUGUCACUGCUUUCCCACAAAUCAAGCAACGCUCUCUACUCGAAAAUGCCUCUCUC